CUUGUUUCAUCCCUCUAUGCAAACAAAGAAAAUUGCAGAGCAGGACUUUAUUAAAAGAAUUUUGGGUUCCAUUUUGUCUGUGGUGAUGCAUGGAGAAAGGGGUACAGAGAUGGGUAGUAGAUAUAUCUAAGUGGGAACCAACUCCCCAUGACUUCUUUUCUGCCCUCAGUCUUCUUCCCCAACACGACCACACCUCCAUCACCAGAUUUUUGAAGAUGGAAGACAGAAAACGGGCACUUGUUAGCCGUUUGCUACAAUAUACUCUUGUACGUGAGGUAACAGGUAUCCCACAUGGAGAAAUUAACAUAAAGCGCACACUGGAAGGCAAACCUUAUCUGGAUUGUGACAAAGUUGGCUUGGAAUUUCCCAAUUUUAAUUUCAAUGUAUCUCAUCACGGUGACUAUGUGGCAAUAGCAUCUGAACCUCUAUGUCUUGUGGGGUUGGAUAUUGUUUCUCAUAUGAUUCCCCAGAUAGAGACCAUUCCAGAAUUCAUUCAAAACUUCUCCUCAUACUUCUCAAAUUUGGAGUGGGAUAAUAUAAUGAAUGGUGGCAGUAAUGAUGAAAUUUUAAUUGAGUUUUACAGGUAUUUUUGUACUUAUAUAUUUUCUCUGGGGUCAGCUGGAAUCAGUAUCUUCCCCUAGAAAACUCUCUCCCAUAACCUUCCUCUCCUAUUCUACUGCCUAAAGUUGCAGAGAAUGUCACAUUCGAAUCAGGGUCCAUUUAGUGUAGGAGAAAAUAUAUGAAAAGGAUGUAUUUCUGCAAACUGCUUAACUCUGACUCACUGUAUGCUUCUACACACUAAGUACUGAAAUAAUGUCUUAGCUGAAGAUCUGAGGCCCAGUGGUCUGGAUUCCUUCUUCACUUUGUGUGUCAUAAAUCAGAGCUUUCCUUUUGAGUACAUGGUGUACCUGGCUCCAGAGUGUCCUGAUUUAUUACUUAAAGUUCAGGUCCAAGUUUAGGAUUGUCUCUGCCACUAGAGCAUGAUGUCAAUUUGUUUUUUAUGCAUGUCAAUUGUUCAGCCUAGCAGGUGGGGUUCAAUUUGAAUUACUCAACUGUUCUGUAUUAUAAUCUGUAAGGAUAUUUUGAACCCAACAGAAGCAAAUCCGACUAUCAGAGGAAGCUCCCAUUGCUCAUCCAAUGGCAUGUUGAAUCAAUACAUGCUUUUGACUUGAAUAUGGUUAUGGCUGUUAAACAAGCAGAAAAACAUUUUAUUAUUUUAACUGGUUAUAGAUUCCUUUCAAUUUUCUAUGCAUGUUUGAGGGUAAUUUACACGUCUUUGCAGAUACUGGUGUCUGAAAGAAGCAUAUGUCAAAGCCAUUGGUAGUGGGUUAUCAAGUCGACUAGACAACGUGGAGUUUCAUCACAGUAGCUGGAGAGACAUAUCUGUUAAAAUUGAUGGGGUGUACAAGAAAGAGUGGAGAUUUUGGCUUUUUGAGCUAGGGAACAGACACUGGGUGAGUAUUCACCAUUUUUUUUAAUAAUUAAAUUUUUAUUGC